UACCAAAAAAAAAAAAAAAAAAAACAUUCACAUUAUUACUGCUUGCAAUUAUUUCAAAUUAUGGAGAAUAUUGAGAGGAAGAGGUUGGCCGUUUUGGUGGGGUGCAAUUACCCAAACACCAGAAACGAGCUGCAUGGUUGCAUAAACGAUGUGCUCGCCAUGAGAGACACACUUGUGAGUCGGUUUGGGUUCGAUCCGAGCGACAUUCAGCUGUUGACUGAUGCAGCAGCAGCAGAUGCUGGUUCUGGUGGUUCCUCAUCAGUUUUGCCAACAGGUGCAAACAUUAAGAAGGCACUUGGUGAAAUGGUUGAUCAGGCUAAACCAGGUGAUGUCUUGUACUUUCAUUACAGUGGCCAUGGAACAAGGAUUCCUUCAUUGAAACCAGGCAACCCCUUCAGGCAGGAUGAGGCAAUUGUGCCUUGUGAUUUCAACCUCAUCACUGAUGUUGAUUUUAGACAAUUAGUGAACCGUUUGCCGAAGGGAGCAAGCUUUACAAUCCUAUCAGACUCAUGUCACAGUGGAGGCCUCAUUGAUAAGGAGAAGGAGCAAAUUGGACCUUCUCAUGUCACUGAAACUAGUAACAAAUCAUCAUCUAUUUCCUCCAAGUCCUCCAAGCCGAAGGCCAUUCCCUGCGAGACCAUAUUGCACCACCUCUCAUCCUUGACGGGAAUAAACACAUCCGAUAUUGCAACCCACUUGCUAGAGUUGUUUGCAGCCGACGCCAGCCUCAAGUUUCGCUUGCCUCCGCUUGAAGUCCUCGACAUGUUCGAGUCAUCUAAGCCCGAUGAAGGAAUUCUACUCAGCGGGUGUCAAGCAAAUGAGACUUCCGCGGAUGUAACGAACGCGGUUAUGACUGGUGGCAAGCCGUGUGGAGCAUUCAGCAAUGCGGUCCAAAUGGUGUUGAAGGAUCACGAGGUUGAAUUAAGCAACAAAAAGCUCGUGUUGCUUGCGCGACAAGUUUUGAAAGAACAAGGGUUUGAGCAGCACCCUUGUCUCUACUGCAAUGAUGAGAAUGCUGAUGCUACUUUCUUGUCGCAAUCUCAAGAGUAGCUCAAGCUUAUGAAACAUAUAUUGGAUAUGAUGUGAUUUGUCAAAAAAUUAAAGUGUAUUAUUAUUGUUUGAUUUUACAAAUAAAGAAGCCGCUGAUAUUGCUAUUCCUUUGGCAACUUCAGAGCUCAAGUUUAUCAGAA